AUGGGUCGUCUUCAGGAAUAUGAGGUCAUUGGGCGCCAUCUGCCCACCGAGGCCAACCCUACUCCGGACAUGUACCGGAUGACCAUCUUCGCGCCCAACACGACGGUCGCCAAGUCCAGAUUCUGGUACUUCUUGCGAGGUCUGCGGAAGGUCAAGAAGGCCACUGGCGAGAUUGUCAGCGUCAAGACGCUGCACGAGAAGCACCCCCAGAAGGUCAAGAACUUUGGCGUCUGGCUUCGCUACGAUUCACGCUCCGGUACCCACAACAUGUACAAGGAGUACCGUGAGAUGUCGCGAGUCGACGCCGUCGAGUCUCUGUACGCCGACAUGGCUGCCCGCCACCGUGCUCGCUUCAGGUCGAUCCACAUCCUCCGCGUUGUCGAGCUCGAGAAGACCGAGGACAUCAAGCGACCUUAUAUCAAGCAGCUCGUCACCAAGAACCUGAAAUUCCCUCUUCCCCACCGCAUCAGCAAAGGCUCCAACCAGAAACUGUUCAGCGCGCAGCGGCCAUCCACCUUCGCUUAG